AUGAGAAAUCCAUCGAGUCCCCGUAUUGGCUGGUACGGCCUAGGAUCUAUGGGCCGACCCAUGGCCGAAAACCUGCAACAAUAUCUCGCAAAUUAUGAACAACCAAACCUGACCUACUAUAAUCGCACCAUGUCGACGGGCGCAGAUUUAGAAGCUCUCGGCGCGGUGCCUGCAUACAGCUAUGGUGAUUUGGUAGCAAAUUGUGACCUGAUCUUCACAAUGGUGGCAAAUGAUGGUGUACUGCAAGACCUAAUGCGAGGCGUCGCCAACGACGGUCAAAUACAAGGGAAAGUGUUUGUCGACUGCUCCACAGUCCACCCCGAUACGGCUGCGAACGUGUCCGAGCUUCUUGCCAUGAAUGGAGGGAGGUUUCUUUCCGCGCCGGUAUUUGGUGGACCAGCGAUUGCUUCAUCUGGAAAGCUUGUCUUUGCGAUCGGUGGACCUAGCGAGAAUGUCGAAACGGUCAAGGGAUACAUUCUCGACGUCAUGGGACGGAAGAUCAUCGACUGUGGAGAGAAGGCGCAGAAUGCGGCCCUUCUAAAAGUCGGAGGAAAUAUCAUCACGCUCAAUCUCAUGGAAGCAGUUGGGGAGGCACAUGUGUUCGCGGAGAAAACGGGGCUCGGCGAUGCUGCCAUGCAGGAGUUGAUAUCGGAGUCAUUCGGGGCCGUGGCGGGCGGAUAUUCGCAGCGGUUAACCAGUGGGAUAUAUGCCCCCCCGCUCGACACACGGCCAGGCUUUGGCGUGUCCCUGGCGAUCAAAGACGCAGCGCAUGCACUGUCUAUUGCCAGUCAGAAUAACGUGAAGCUGCCCGGAUUAGAAGUGGCCGAUCGGAACAUGCAAGCAGCUCGGAAAUACGCCGGUGAAUGUCUGGACAGUAGCUCAAUGUAUGGCACACUCCGGAGAGAGGCCGGAGAGACGUUUUGGAAUGAAUCAAGUCGACAAGGAGGGAAAUAA